AUGGCUACAGUAGUACCGCCCCCAUCUAAGAAACAAAAAAGAGAAGCCCAAAAAGUCCGAGAAGUGGACUUGGUGCCUGAAGACGUGGGCAAUGUACUUAUAAAGUUCCAGGCCUCUGAUAGUGGCGAGGCAACCGGGGGGUCAAUACGUGUGCCGGGAGGCAUCACCGAGAAACAGUUGGAGGAAUUGCUCAACAAUCUACUUCAAGAAUCAGAUGAGCCGGUGCCGUACACAUUUGCGCUUCUCAACAAGGAAGACGGAGAUAAACUUAUAGAUAUCCAGGAUACAAUUUACCACUCGGUGUUGAAACCAGGCAUCAAAACCACCGAAGAUUUCCUCACCUUGGUAUACACGCCCAGAGCCGUGUUCAAAGUCAAGCCAGUCACGAGAUCCAAUGCCGCCAUUGCCGGCCACGGUUCCACCAUCCUUUGCUGUUCAUUUGCGCCUAAUGACUCUGGCCGCAUGGUUUCAGGGGCAGGAGACUCGACUGCACGUAUAUGGGAUUGCAACACAUCUACACCCUUGCACACAUUGCAAGGACAUACAAACUGGGUAUUGUGCGUUUCUUAUUCGCCAGACGGCACUAUGAUCGCCACGGGGUCCAUGGACAACACGAUACGAUUAUGGGACGCCUACACGGGGAAACCUUUGGGGAAACCAUUGACCAGUCACUCGAAAUGGGUCAGCUCACUUAGCUGGGAGCCGCUCCAUCUCGUGGCGCCCGAUGCACAACCGAGAUUAGCCUCGGGCUCCAAGGAUGGCACCGUCAAGAUCUGGGAUACUACAUCAAGAGUGUGCACCAUCACCAUGUCCGGGCACACAAACGCGAUAUCGUGUGCGAAAUGGUCAGGGUCGAACAUAGUGUACAGCGCAUCGCACGACAAGACCAUCAAAGCGUGGGACAUUUCGGCCGGUGGCAAAUGCAUACAAACUUUGAAAAGCCACGCACACUGGGUCAACCAUUUGUCAUUAUCGACAGACUAUGUGUUGCGCAAAGGUGGAUUCGACCACUCGUCGACGGGCAACACCAAGGACACUCCGCAGGAGCUCCGAGCAAAAGCCAAGAAACAAUACGAAAAAGUUGCCAAGUUGAAUGGAAGAAUCAGUGAACGGUUAGUUACCGCCAGCGACGAUUUCACCAUGUACUUCUGGGAACCUCUCAAAUCGUCCAAGCCCAUCUUGAGAAUGACGGGCCACCAGAAACUAGUCAAUCACGUCAACUUCUCACCAGACGGAAGAUACGUCGUUUCUAGCUCAUUUGACAAUUCCAUUAAAGUGUGGGACGGAAUCAGAGGCACCUUCAUUACAACCUUGCGAGGCCACGUUGCCCCCGUAUACCAAACCGCUUGGUCUGCCGAUAACAGAUUGCUUGUAAGCUGUUCCAAAGACACCACUUUGAAAGUGUGGGACUUCAGAACAAAGAAGUUGGCCGUUGAUCUCCCCGGUCAUGCUGAUGAGGUUUAUGCUGUUGAUUGGAGUCUAGAUGGUAAGCGGGUUGCUUCGGGAGGCAAGGACAAGAUGAUUCGCUUGUGGUCGCACUGA